UGGGAAGGCAGAGGGGCUGCGCUCCGCGGGGCCUGCCUUUAUCUCCUCCCUUCCGUCUCCCGGGGGACGAGCCUCCGCGUCUGCCCGCCCCUAAUCCUAGGGCGGAGGCCUCGCGCAAAAUCCAGGCUCUGCGCUGGGUGGAGGGUCUCCGCCCCAGCCCGCCCUUCCCGCUCCGCCUGGCCCUUGGAGCGGCCACUCCAGCCCGCGGUUCCGACCGAGGCCCGUGGCGGGUCCUGCCCCACAAAGAUGAACUGGACGGCGGCGACGUGCUGGGCUCUGCUGCUGGCGGCCGCCUUCCUCUGCGACAGCGGCGCAGCCAAGGGCGGCCGUGGGGGGGCUCGCGGCAGCGCCCGGGGAGGGCUGCGCGGGGGCGCGCGCGGGGCCCCGAGGGUGCGGGUGAGGCCGGCGCCCCGGUACGCGGGCUCUUCCCUGCGUGUGGCGGCAGCAGGGGCGGCGGCUGGGGCGGCGGGGGCGGUGGGCCUGGCCGCCGGCUCGCGCUGGAGUGGGGCCGCGGGGCCGGGGGUGCGCGGCCUGGACGACGACGAGGACGGGUCCCCCGGCGGCAACGGGACCGGCCAAGGCGUCUACAGCUACAGCGCCUGGACUUCGGGCACGGAGCCCACGCGCGGCCUGUGCCUCUGCCUGCUGCUGGGCGGUGCCCUGGGCGUGCUGGGGCUGCUGCGGCCCUAGGCCCAGCUGGGCUUGGGGUCACUUCAGCCCCCAGCCCGCGCCCUCCCCGCAGGCCCACCCCAGAGGCCACCCCACACCUCUUCGUCUGCUGCCCACAGCCUUCGAGCCCAGAGGCGCUGCCUGGACGAUUCUCGCCACCCUGGCAGGAGCUGCAGCCUCUCCUAGCUGUGGCCCUGAGGCGCCUUCUGUUCACCCUCUGCCCAAGCCCCUCCCCAGCCUCCCCAUCUCCCACCCUCGCCAGCACCCGCCACCCACGCCCCAAACUUCCACUUGGAGGUUAGGGUCUAGGGUCCUCCCCAUCAAAAGGCAGGGGUCUUGUGGUUUCUGGACCAUCCUGGUCAGCUGCCCACCAUCUCUCCAGAGCUGCUCAAAGAGAGGUGCCAAAACCAGGCUGUUCAGGCCACUCUAGCUCCCCUGACCCCACCCUGGACACCUGAGAGGUGUGACAGUACUGACCACAAGGUGGAGAGGCGGCCGUCAGGCUGGGCUGGUUCUGCACCAGCCCUGAGGACCAUGGUGGCCUCCCCCACAGAAGCUGCCAGAGUGGAACAAAGGACUUGAGGUUUCCCAGGGAAAAGAGAGAGGAGAGGUUUCCCUCACGGGUUGUAGGUGCUGAGCGUGUGUCCAGAAGAGACGGUCUGCGGACUUCAGAGCCCAGGCAUGCCCAUGGCGGUUCUCUGCACGGUUCCCAGAGCACUCCCUGCCCACAAGGGUUGCCCGCAGCCUGCCCCUGCCCUCGGUCCCAAGGCCGCAUCCUCCUCUCUAGGCAGAUGCUCUGUGAGACCCACUGCCAGGGGCUCCCUUGGAGGCACUUUGCUCGACUUGAAACAAGUCACUUAACCCUUCUUGAGACCUAUUUUGAAAAAAAAAAACAACAUUGUUUAAACUUCAAGAGCUUCCCAUUUCCAUUGAACUUUAGGUUCACGUCCAGGCUCAGAGACCUCCCCUGUACUCAGGUGCAACAACUGCCACCCCACUGAAGAGCCCUCCGGCCACAGCCCACCGUGCCCCCACAGGUUUGCCCCAGGCAGCAGCGUCUCCCAGUGGGCAGCCUCCCUCAGAAGGUGAGGGCAUGGUGCGAACAAAGGAAGCCAGGAGCUUGUUAGACCCCCAGCCGCCUGACCAGCCCCCUGGCAGGUCUGUGGAGGAAGCCAGCAAGCGCCUUGGCUCAACAGAAGAAAGCGUGAGAGGCUGAGUUCCCUCCACCACCACGGAGGCUGUCUGAACCUCCGAGGGUGUUCCGAGGACAGGCCACGCCCAAGAUAGCCUGUAAGGAAAGCCGGGCAGAUCCUUACAAGGGUUUGUCUUUGGAUCCCAACACCCCUGUGCCUAGGGCCGGCCCUCCGCCUCUCAGGUGCCCAGCAGCCCACUUCCCUUGAGCUGCCAGCCUGGUUCUGUGUCCACGAGCUCAGCCUGGGGCCUCGGCUCUUCACCACGUCCUCCGGCUCCAACGCCCCUUAUCCCAUGGCAGGCCUGCUUUCCAGGGGCCUCAGCUCUUCACCACAUCCUCCAGCUCCAAUGCCCCUUAUCCCACGGUAGGCCCGCUUCCUAGGCCAGCUCCUCAGGAUCCCGCCUUCCUUCGGUGCUCGGCAGGGGCCUCGCCCGCCACUGGGCUAUAUCCCGGAAUCUGCCCUCACCCCCUGGACCACGGGGCCUUCCAACUCAGCUGAUGAGCACCAGUGCCAAGCCCAGCCCCACCCAGGGGGCCCUGCCACCUCUGCUCUCCACAGCUGGCAUGUGCCUCUGCUUAGGGUGAGGGCCUUCAAGCUAUCACUCAGACCCUGGAGCAAGCCUUUUUUUCCAGAGGGACACUAAGCUGCCAGCAUUCUCGGGGUACAGCGAGCCCAGAUGCUCCUCUGUCCAUUCUGGACCAAGCUCGAUGCUACCAAAGACCAGCAGGCCGUGGUCAGGCCCUGCCCAGGGCCCCAGAGGCAGUGUGACCAGUCUACCACUUUAUCUGCAGGUGGCAGAAGUCGGAAUCUCGCCCAAAGAGACGCAUCCAGAUGGCUCUGAAGGCCCAGGAGCAUGGGUCCGGCCUGGCUGCACUCAACCUCUCCUACACCACUGGAUACUGGGCUGUGGCCGGACCAGACUCUCACACACUGCUGGGCACCAUGGGGGCCGCCAGCAGUCGGGACGAGAUGGAAAUAUCAUGCUAAGUGGGGAGCUGACUGCACGCAGCAGCCCGACUCCAGGAGCGGGUCUGGCAUUUGGCACAACCAUGAAUCUCCGAAUACUCCCCGCCCUGCUGGUCAGGGUUCCAGCACUUGGGGUGGGUGCUCUCAGGAGGGGCUGGUACGUGUGCACAGCCGUGGGGCAACCACACGGGAUAACAGGACCUCGAGGGGUCACAGGAGGGGAGGUGCCCAAUGAGACCACUGGCCACAGGUGAGCCGGAGCUCCUGACAAGGUGCAGCCCCCACAUACCACCUUUCCUUCCUCUGCCCUUCUUCAGAAUGCAGGUUGGAGGGUGACAUCCCUGGACUGUCAGGUGCACUGAUUACGACAGUGCUGGGAGGGGCCUCUGGGACGGUCCCAUUAAAGGUGCUCAGAGGCGGUGUGAAGCCCUGGAGGUCUCACCUGACCACACCAGCGACCCUCCGGCCUGUAGGCAGCUGGGCCAUGAGCAGGCGGCCCCCAGGUGCUGCCACGGCCAUGUGGAACUUCUUGUCCCUCUCUGUGUGCACAUUUAGUAGUGUUG